AUUUCUACCUUUCUUUGUUGUGAGAAUGUCUUCUAAAGAGACGAUUAGUGAUGACAGAGUGAGGGGGAGGGUUCAAGAGAUAGAGGGUAGGGAUUUACGGGUGCCGUUGAACAUUUUGGAGAGAGAGGAUGAAAGAGAGGAGUGUUCAACCCUAAGGAAGAGAUUGUUGGCUGGCGGGGAAGAGAGAGAGGGUGUGCUCGGCUCCGGGGGACCAUUGGAUGCCUUUGUACUCCCAUUGCUUGGUGGCUGGGUUAUGAUUCCCCAUCCCAAACCUAUUGGUAUGGUUGUUGCCGGAGUACGAAGAGAUGAACAAGAUUUUUUGGAGGCUGCUGGUGGUGUUAACAUCCCUAAGAAGGGGAGAGGGAAGAGGGCCGAGGACAAAAGGCGGGUUGAGGAGGAGGGGCCGAUUGUUGCAAAAAGGAAAAGGAUGGAGCAACAAGAGGCUGUGGAGGAGAUACCAGAACUUGUGACUUCAUCCCUCCGUAUAGAGGGGACUUCUUCAGCCACAGCUGUUGAGUUCGUGGCCACACUCCAGGAGCAAAGGUAUAUCCGAGUGCAAACAACGAGCUUCUAUGACUUCGGGAUAAGGAGUACAGCAAAAAGGUUCAUCAAUGCCUAUUUCCCGGAGGUGGAUCGCCAACGUGCGAAGGAUGAGGUGGCGGCGAGAGGUUCAGUUGGCGUUGUACGUCAGGCGCUUGAGGCUAUGAACCUCGUGAAUGCUUUGGCCAAUGAGCAUCACGAGAGUUUAAAGGAGAGAAAUCAGAUGAGGAAGGAUAAUGCCGAGCUCGUCAAGAAGAACGAGGAGGCUGAGGCCGAGCAAAAAAAGAGGAUCUGCGAGGAUGAGCUCGAGAAGAUGGAAAAAGAGUUAGAGGAGGCGGUGAAGGCAGUAGCUGAGUUGGAGCUUAAGGUUCACAACUCUGUUGAAGAGCAUGUGAAGGGGUUUUUGAAGUCUAGCACCUUCGAGGAUAUCGUCAACCUCUACCAGCUCCCUACUACAACUGUGCCCUUCUCUGACUGCCAAAAGAAAGUAAAGUUGCAAUAUCCUGAUGUAGAUGUGAUGAAGAUCACUUUCGGAGAUCAGGAAGGAGAGGUGGAGGAAAAUGGGGAGAGUAGUACUGCUGAUUUCUGCUCGGAAGUUACGCUGAAGUGGGAUAGGGACAGCAGAAGUCAAACCAUUUUACCUCCAAAGUUCAAUUUUGAGUUCGUGGCAGUGGGUGACAAGGGAACCGAAGGUGCUGACAACCCAAUUGAAGGUGUUGACAACCCAGACCAGCCAACUGCUUAAACUUUGCUUCUUUUUUUUUUUAGGAGAAAUUGUUUGUAACCGAUUAAAGUUUCAUUUAAUAAAUUCAGUUUGAUACU